UCCAACUUGGCAUCAUGCACUAUUAGCAUUCUCUCUCUCUUGCAGCAGCUAUACUACUACAACUACAGCUACUAGUCUUGGCUUGGUAGACCCUACAUACAUACUCCGAUCGAUCGAUCGAUCCACUAGCUAGCUUAGCUAUAGGAAGAGGAGGGAGGGGAUCGAGGCCAUGGACGCCGCCGCCAUGGAGCGCAUGGCCAAGCACUACUGGGCUCUCUGGGGCGCCGGCGUUAGAUCCGGCUGGCCGGCGGCGGCUCAUGGCGGAGGGGCCGAGCCGUCGUGGGAGGAGAAGGCGUUCGCGCAGGACGCAGCGGGGCACCUCGGCGGCUGCGUGUGGCCACCGCGCUCCUACACGUGCAGCUUCUGCCGGCGAGAGUUCCGGUCGGCGCAGGCGCUCGGCGGGCACAUGAACGUGCACCGCCGCGACCGCGCUCGCCUCCGGCAGUGCGACGACGACGACGACGACCCGAUUCCACCAACCGUCAGCAUCUGCGCGCCUCCUCCUCCUCCUCCUCCUCCUCCUCCUCUUUUACCUGCAGCAGCAGCAGCACCAGACUCUCCUAGUCCUCCUAGCUUGCUUCUACAAAUCUCCAGCCCUAAAUCCACAACCGCUGAUCAUCAUCAGAAUCAUCAGCAGCUGCAGCUGCAGGGCACUAAUUCGUCUCCUAAUUCCUGCAUAGCAACCAUCAUCAAGGAGAGCAGGAACAAGGCAAGAUUGUUCAUCACCACCAUGCCUGCUCCUGCUCCUGCGACAACUCAUGAUCUAGGACUAGGAGGAGGCAAGGACGACGACGACUCCAUCUCCAUCUCCAUGGAGGAGAUCAGGAGGAAGCGAAGGCGUGUCGAUCAGCCGUUGACUCCGACGCCCUCAUACUCAUCUGAGAGAGAACGCCGGCGAGAAGAUGAUCCUGCAGCGGCUGAUGCAAGUAAUAAUAAGGUAAUCCCAAGCUCCAGUAUACUUGUUAAUCAGCUGGCCAUGGACAUGGUAGGCCGGCAAGAAAUAGAUCUGGAGCUUAGGCUUGGGUCUACCUAGCUAGUACCUACGUACUCCGGUCUAAAUUGAAGUUACUAGUUUGCAUAUAUCGAUUUUUUUUUCUUCUUGUUUUGUGCCAUUAUAAUUCGAUCUGAUCACCAUGUUUGAGUGUGUACAUGUGCUCGAUCGAUCUUGUCGUCUUCAAUUUCUCCUCCAUCUCUUCCCGCCCUGUGUUAAUUUGUCUCAGCUAGCUAGCUGCUUCUUAAUUAUUUUCCUAGCUAGCUUUGUUCUGAUUGUUCUUGCAUGAUUCAAUCGGAAGUGACUUGAUAUAUGUGUCCUAAUUUGGCCAAAGGCCUUUUAUAUAUAUAUUCCCUUCAAUUACACAUUUUUAUAUAUGUUCUUCAUGUCUGCACAUCGAUAUAUAUGAUCUGUACUAAUUGCAGCUCAA